AUACCAUAGAGACAUUUGUUUUUGCAGAGUCUUCCUCUGGAGGUGAGUGUACUGCAGGUGUUCUACGUGUAUGUUCAACAGUGCCCAAGUUCUCAGCUUGGAGAAUGCUGGGGACCGUUGCUUGUCAUGGUAAAAGAAGGUACCUUGACAUUAUCACCUCCAGCCCAGCUUGUUUUGUUAGCCACACUCAAUGAGUUUGUUCAACGAGCAGCUCCUCUACAAGAGAAAAAGGACAUAAAAGAGUUGCAGGAAGUAUCUGGUAAAUUACUGGAAUCCUGUAGUAACAUUGCUGGAUCCUGUCUUGAAGCCACUACAUGGUUGAGAAGGAAUUUGACUGUCAAAACUGAGUCAGCUGACAAAAAAGAUGGAGUUAAUGAUGCUGUUUCAUACAGUGUAGCAGCACUUAGUGUACUGGCAGAGUUACUGGCUCCCCUUCUGGAUGUCUUGUAUGUGAGUGAAGAGAAAGACAAAGUUGUUCCUCUCUUAACUAAUAUUAUGGCUCAUGUUGUACCUUACCUACGUAAUCACAAGCGAGGAAAUAUGGCAGCUUUUUCAGCAUGCUCACAGCUGCUGUCUUCCCUGUCUGGUUACCAGUACACUGUUAGAGCUUGGCGACGAGACGUGUUAGACCUUUUGCUGGAUCCUCAGGCUUUCAUGAUGCUUCCUCCCAUUUUGCCUUAUUGGCGAACAAUUGUGGAUUAUCUUUGCACACAUGAUAAAACUGUUUUCAAAGAAUUGCUAAGUCGGGUUUCUAUGUCCCAGGGUGGAUCAUUAAGCUUGUUUUCCAGCAAAGAAUCAGAGUAUGAAAUUCGGGCAGGAUUAUUGAAAAGAUUGUCUUUCACCAUAUUUUGCUCUGAAACUGAUCAGUACACUCGUUAUAUACCUGAAAUACAAGAGCGAUUGGCUGAGGUAACCCGAUUAGGGCAAGUUGUUCCUUCUUUAGUGGCUCAGGUACUCCUCUGUUUUCGAGUGUUGCUCCUACGAAUGUCACCACGAGGUGUGACAUCACUGUGGCCUGUUAUUAUCACUGAACUAGUCCAAGUAUUUCUUAUGAUGGAACAAGAAUGGCUACAGAUUCUGAACAAUUCAGCAAAAAGGGGGCAAGUUCACACCUGAAACGUCUUUCAACUUUGGAUUCUUCGUGGGUGUUCAGCUCUCAGAAUGGGUUGAAUGCACGGAAUCAUCCUGCUUGGCUAACUUUAUAUCUAGAAGCCUGUAAGCUUUUAGAUCUAAUGUUAGCUUUGCCUG